AUGUUCGACACCAUCUGCACCCUCCCCGUCCAAUCCGACAUCUUUGCCCAGGUCAUCCACCCUACGCAACCACUGUUCGCAAUCGGCUUGUCUUCAGGCCAUGUGCACACUUACAAGCUACCCUCUGACUCCGAGGUCAUUGCAGAUACCUCUGAAGACAGCGCUUCACCGCCUCUGAAACCUACGAACUCCGUCAAUGGCUCAAUAGUACCUUCACUGCGCAGAGCUUCCACUGCCAGUCUCUCCGAGAGUGGGCUUGGCUCACUCGAUACAUUGUGGACUACCAGGAGACACAAAGGAUCAUGUCGAUGUCUUGCAUUCAGUCACGAGGGGGACAUAUGCUAUUCCGCAGGGACGGACGGUUUGGUAAAAGCUUUUCACACGGACACCGGCAAGGUUGUCAGCAAAAUUGUAAUACCUCAAAGUGUGGGAUCGAGAAAGGCGGACGGGCCAACGGUCCUGCACGCCCUGUCACCGCAAGCUCUGCUGCUGGGCACUGACUCUGGAAAAUUACAUUUACAAGACCUGAGGGAGGGCGGAAAAGAAAUUGUGGCCAAGUGCAGUCAAACAUGGACACCUCAUGGCGAGGAACAUAUCAAUUCCCUCGUUCCGCUCCCCGCGAGCGAGGCCAGCACAAGUGGAUUCCCCAAGCAGUGGGUCAGCGUAGGUGGCACCACGCUGGCAGUGACAGAUGUUCGGAAGGGCACUGUCGCCAUAAGUGAAGACCAGGAGAUCGAAUUGACGAGUUUGGCCAUGGUCCAGGGCCUCAAGAAAGGAGGGACCAGCGUGGGACAGAAAAUCCUCGUUGGCCAAAGUGACGGAGUGGUGAGUUUGUGGGAGAGGGGUGUGUGGAGUGAUCUUGACGAAAGAAUCGUCGUCGAACGAGGUGGUCUCGGCGUGGACAGCCUGGCUGAAGUGCCUUUCGGCUUUGGAGGCGGGAAACUAAAAAUGAACGAAAAGCUUGUCGCUGCCGGGCUUGAGGACGGCAGAGUCCGCUUCAUCAGAGUCGGGCGAAACGGGGUCCUGAACGACAUGGACGCUAAACACGACGAGAUCGACGGCGUUGUGGCCAUUGGUUUCGACAUCGAGGGGCGGAUGAUUACAAGCGGAGGCCAAACCGUUAAAGUAUGGAUGGAGGCUAAAGGCCUUCCGGGUGGUGGACGGGCCGCUGCGACCAAACAUGACAUGUCCUCGUCUGAGGAGGACGACGUCGAUGAGUCUGACGUGGAUGAAAGCAGCGACGGGGAUGGUCAGUCAAAGCCAAAGCGGAAGAAGAGGAAGAGGAACAAGGGAAAGGAUAAAUCCGGAGGCAAGGCGCUGGACUUCUUGCUAUGA